AGGAGUUGCCAGCGUAUGAGAUUGAGAUCCAACUGUGCUGCUGUUGUUGCCAUUUUACCUUACGUGUGAUGUUGGAUAUGGGAGAACGGAAAGAAGUGAAAAUGAUUCCUAAAUCAUCGUUCAGUAUAAACAGCCUGGUGCCCGAAGCCGUACAAAGUGAUAACCACCACAGAUCAGCGCCCGAGGAAGAGGAGAAGAUUCCUUUGCCAAACCCGGUGCAGGACGGAAAGUCGGAGAACAUUUGCAGCAAAAGUGACAGUUCUCCAGAGUCGACGUGCGCGGACGAAAAGGAAAAACAGGAAGAGAAAAAGGAUUGUAAAGAAGGGGACGGUGGGAAAGACGGGGAAAAGAAAAAUGGCAAGUAUGAAAAACCACCUUUCAGCUAUAAUGCCUUAAUCAUGAUGGCUAUCCGGCAGAGUCCGGAGAAGCGGCUGACCCUGAACGGUAUUUACGAGUUCAUCAUGAAAAAUUUCCCCUAUUAUCGAGAGAACAAACAGGGCUGGCAGAACUCCAUCAGGCACAACCUCAGUCUAAACAAAUGUUUUGUUAAAGUCCCGCGGCAUUACGAUGACCCCGGUAAGGGCAACUACUGGAUGCUUGACCCCUCGAGCGACGACGUGUUCAUCGGUGGGACAACGGGCAAACUUCGCAGGAGAUCGACCACCUCCCGGGCCAAGCUGGCUUUUAAACGGGGAGCGCGGCUCACUUCCACGGGACUGACGUUCAUGGAUAGGGCUGGCUCGUUGUACUGGCCAAUGUCACCGUUCCUGUCGCUCCACCAUCCGAGGGCGAGCAGCGCGCUGAGCUACAAUGGGACCUCGUCGGCUUACCCCAGCCACCCGAUGUCCUAUAGCACAAUGUUGACUCAAAACAGUUUGGGGAACAACCACUCUUUUCCUGCUUCUAAUGGCCUAAGUGUAGAUAGACUUGUGAAUGGAGAGAUUCCGUACGCCACUCACCACCUCACGGCUGCAGCCUUGGCCGCGUCGGUGCCGUGUGGUCUGUCUGUGCCGUGCUCUGGCACAUACUCUUUAAACCCCUGUUCAGUUAACCUCCUCGCGGGACAGACCAGUUACUUCUUUCCUCACGUCCCUCAUCCAUCAAUGACUUCCCAGAGCAGCACUUCAAUGACGGCCAGGGCUGCUUCCUCGUCCUCUCCGCAGGCGCCGUCGUCUCUCCCCUGUGAAUCUAUAAGAUCCUCCCUGCCAACUUUCUCUUCAGGACUUUCCGGAGGACUUUCUGAUUACUUCACACAUCAGAAUCAAGGGUCUACUUCAAACCCACUUAUACACUAA